AAACGGAAACCUACUUAGGGCCGAGUAGAAGCCUUCGCCGCGUGCGAAGGUUGCGGUCGAUUGCCCUUAGGCCUCAUGGCGGUCCGAGCGUCUUUCGAGAACAACUGUGAGAUCGGCUGCUUUGCCAAACUCACCAACACCUACUGCCUAGUGGCCAUCGGAGGGUCGGAGAACUUCUACAGUGUGUUCGAGGGUGAGCUCGCCGAUACCAUCCCAGUGGUGCACGCGUCCAUCGCCGGCUGCCGCAUCAUCGGGCGCAUGUGUGUGGGGAACAGACAUGGUCUCCUGGUGCCCAACAACACCACGGACCAGGAACUGCAGCACAUUCGCAACUGCCUCCCAGACUCAGUGCAGAUCCGGCGGGUGGAGGAGCGGCUCUCAGCCCUGGGCAAUGUCACCACGUGCAACGACUAUGUGGCUUUGGUCCACCCAGACCUGGACAGGGAAACAGAAGAAAUCCUGGCUGAUGUGCUCAGGGUGGAAGUCUUCAGACAGACAGUGGCUGACCAGGUGCUAGUAGGAAGCUACUCUGUCUUCAGCAAUCAGGGAGGCCUUGUACAUCCCAAGACUUCAAUCGAAGACCAAGAUGAGCUGUCCUCUCUUCUUCAGGUCCCCCUUGUGGCGGGCACUGUGAACCGAGGCAGCGAGGUGAUUGCCGCGGGGAUGGUGGUGAAUGACUGGUGUGCCUUCUGUGGCCUGGACACAACCAGCACAGAGCUGUCAGUGGUGGAGAGUGUCUUCAAGCUGAACGAAGCCCAGCCGAGCACCAUUGCUACCAGCAUGCGGGAUUCCCUCAUCGACAGGUGUGUGGGCCUCUCUUCUGCCUUUGGAGGGUAGGGGAAGGAGAAGCCACCUAGAAUGGGAGCCACACUGUGUUCAUACCGGUGGGUUCUCCUCUUGUGGGAGGGCACACCUUCAGCGCUGCUGAGGAGUCACAGGGCACAGCCAGCAAGCAUUGCCUGAGUAUCUGCUUAUCGCCGUCUCUGAAGGCUCAGCUCCGCAAAGCUUCCCUCUGGGCCAUCUUAUUUUCUCACCAUGUUGUUCUGUUGUCUGUGGCUGCUUGUGUGUCCAUGUCCCCAGCCAGCAGCCGAGAGCCUGAGAUAAAAAGCUGUUUACAGAGUGAAGGAGGGGAAGCUGCUCUUAGGAACUGAGGAGACCCUAAGGGGCUUGUUGGGGGUGGGGUUGCAUCAGAAUCACAGUCAUCUGGAUUUUUAUGGGUUUAAGAGAGAAGUGGGUUCUUGGGCCCUAACCCUGGAGAGUCUGGGGUGUGAGGCUCUGGAAGAGCAGCAGGUGUGGAUAUUCACCCUUCCCAUGGAGGGUUCUUCUCAAGGCAGGCCACCCCCCAAGUAUCACAGGAGUCUUUAUGAGGAUAGGAACCCCAUAGUAGAGCAAGCACUCAAUAACAGAGCCCCUGCUUACAACAGGCAAAAUUACCCUUCAUUCUCCUUUCUUCAAUAAUUCAUUCACCUGAUGUGCAUUGAGCCCUGUUCCCUAAGUGUCUCAGGAAGCUCCAGUGAGACACUCUGGUAUCCAGGAAGGUUUUGUGGAGGACACAUCAUUUAGUCUGGACCCCGGGGGAAUGAGUAGGUAUUUGAAUAUGCAGAGAUGGA